UACUGGUCGUGAUAAUCUCUAUAAUCCAUNAAGAAUAGGCAGCCCAUGUAUGCGCGAAUGUGCAUGCAAGGGUGCAAGUUAAAGCAGCCGCACGCCCCUCCUCCCUCACAACCCAUCCGCAGGUCCCACAUGUUUUGGGCCAUACCCCCAUCGCUUGCACGACUAAACAAACACCAUCUAUUGUAACAUGUGGGCAGAAAGCCACUGGCAGUCCAUCACUGAAAAAAGAGCCAGCAGCGCCCAUCUUGAGGGGAGUGUGAUGACGUCGACCGUGAUACACAUGGAGAACGUGUGGAGCAUGCGCACAAGUUCCCGGUUGUCGUCAUCUCUCAUCCAGUUCCUCACUUUCCGCUGGCUUCCGUCUGGACCGGUAACAGACGCUGGGCUUCGAGGUCAUUUUUUUUCCCUAGGGCCCCGAAGCCGUUGGUGGCUUCGGCCAGGUUCUAGUCAUGGCCCACGGGGUCCCUUCUGACCACAAUUACUACCUUGUGGAGUGCAAGGAGGAAACAAAUGCUGGAGCCCAGGCAGGGGCCAUGGCCGCCACCUCAACUGAGGAGGCUCCAGGGGCUGUGGCGGUGGCGCAGCCAGCGGUGGCAAGCAGCCAUGACAGUCGCGGAGCCGUAGGCUGUGCCACUGUCGAGGAGAGUGAAAGCGACUCCUCCGACUCCUCCUCCGACGAGAGUGAUGACUCGAGCACCAGCGAUGAGGAUACUUCAGAUGCUGAGGAGGCGGCAGCUCCCUCGGUGGCUGCCGCUGCUGCUCCUCCAACUGUUCCUGCUGCCGCUGCUAUUCAGAUUCCGGGGCCGUACCGCUACCGCCCCCCUCGCCGCCAUGCUCGCCGUCGUCGUCGUGAACCGCCAUUCCACUUCGCACAGUGGCAGGUCGAGGAAAUGGAAAGCCUGUUUGAAGAGACCCAGUACCCGGAUGUGCUUACAAGGGGAGAGCUUGCAAGAACUUUGAAUGUGCCUGAGGUCAAAGUGAAGGUGUGGUUUACCAAUCGGAGAGCGAAGCAGAGGAAGAUUGAGAGACGUGAAAUGCUGAGAAAUAUUCCGCCUGGUGCCGAAGACUUCAUUUUCAUAACCGAUUUUGAAGAGCCUUCUUAAUGUGCCAUAUUUGGUCGGUAGACAAAUGGCAAAUUGGCAACCUCUGUGCCCAAUGCCAAGCUUAACUAUUCAGCAUGCAUGUUAACAAUAAAAGCAUGAAUUUCC